AGUGGGUUUAGAUGACCCAACUCCCAAUGGUAAAGUGCCUAAGAUAGCACAAGGGUUACAGAAGUGGACUUGGGAAAGUGGUUAAAUAAGUUCUGUAUAGCGUACAAGUUCACUACAGUUUAACACAAGUUAAAAUAGUGUAAAUAUAUAAUGAUGUAAAUGUUUCAGAUUUUAGUCAUGUGAAUUGGAUAUAGCUAAAUCUUCUCGCCAUGGCAGUUUUAGAGCAGGAACUAACCAAUGAUCAAAUAUCCUUCUCUGCAGUGGUAGGUAACACAACACAGAUUAUUAUUCUGUGCUACAGCUUUGUGCGGUCUCUUCCGGCAGCAUGAAUGAUUGAAAAGGGACCUGUAAUUCAUACAGAGGGCUUGGUUCUCAGGAUGACGGUAAGCAACCUGAUGCUGUGCUGAGAACAACUCAGCUCCUCUACUUCAUAGCUCAGAUUUCUGUCCUUCCCAAGAAAGUACUGUUUCCUCAACUAAAAAAACAUACAUUCGUAAUAUUUGAAAAUAAAUUAAUAGCCAUCAUACUUUGAUGCAAACCUGUGAACUGUUUUAUGUUCUUUUCAUUACUUUUAGUUUCUCACGUUUGCUAGGAAAAUAUGUCUAAUAAAAUAUGAUUUAAUAAAAGAACAAAUAUAAGAUUAUUUAUUAUUAAAGUUGCACAGGACUUUGUUUUAAAAAAAAGUAGUAAAAAGGUAAACUAAAACCCUACACUUACAAUUCAGAUUCAACGCUUUGAAGUUUAAAUCUUUAAUGAAAAACCAUCAAACAGAAACAGAGGUGUUGUCGUAACCCAAGGCAACUGCUUCUGUGUCAGCUGAAAUCUUGGACAGCUUCUGCUGUCCAGGACUGUGCAACAUCAUUGGCUGGUUGAAUGAAUGACUUGCAGACUUGUUGAUGUAUUAUGCAUCCCAUUCCUCUUCAGGGUGUUCUUAAGCCCAUUCUCAGGUAAACACAGCAGAGGCAGCCUGACAGGUAACCAGUUACAGGGAAGCGUGAACCGAAAGAACGUUUUUCCUCUGGAAAUUAGAGCCUGACUCUGACUCAGAAAUGGAGCUGAUUGGAUCCACUCUGACAGCCAACUACGCUCGGCCGAAGACCAGCCACUUCCUCCCUGCAAUCUCCACCAUGGCAUCCAGCUACAGAAACCCCCAGCAAGUCAUGGCAUUCAAUCCCAGUGCCAAUAUAUGGAGAACCAACAGUUUUUACAAAAGCAACAGCAUUAUGCCAUCAACCCCAUCCAUACAGCAUGACGGUCUGGAUCUGGUUCGGGCCAGAACAUCAUUCUUCCCUUCAAACAGGACUGCAAUGACUAAUCGAUACACCCCUGAUGACUGGUACAAGUCCAACCAGAGCCAUUACUGGGAGUCAGAGUCCUCCCGGAAAAGUGCGGAGAGACUAAGGAAAGACACCAUGAGGCUGAUUCAGGACAAAGAUCAGCUCACCAGACGAACACAAGAGAACACCAGCAAGAACAUCUCAGAGCGGCUAAAUGACAUUAGGUUCUGGAAGUCUGAGCUGAGUCAUGAGAUUGACAACAUGGUGACAGAGAUAGCUGCUCUCACUGAGGUGAAGAGGAGGCUGGAAAGAGCCUUGGCAGAAACUCAGGGGCCCCUCCAGGUAGCUCAAGAGUGUUUGUACCACAGAGAGAAGCGGAUGUCUAUAGAUCUGGUACAUGAUGGUGUGGAAAAAGACCUUAUAAAGGAGAUAGAGGUUAUAAAGUCGUGUCAGGAGAGGAUGAGGCUCCAUCUGGACAGAGCCACAUCUCAGCUAGCUUCGAAUCGAGCAGCCCAGCAUGAGUUGGAAAAAGACCUGAGCGACAAACUGACAGCUCAAAGAAUAGACGACCGAUGCCACCAUCUGAGGAACACGUCAGAUGGUAUCGGCUAUUACAGGGGGAUUGACAGACAAGAUCAUGCAGUGUCUCUGCCAGACUCGUGGUCCAGGUUCACCGAUGACAACAUACUGCGCUCCCAGAGUGAGCGGGCCACCUCCCACAAGCUCCGUGACGAGAUCGAGAUCUUGCUAAACACCACGUCCAAUGAAAUGUGGAACCAGUUCAACAACGUCAACGUUGCCUUCACGAACCGCAUUUCAGAAACCACCGACGCUAAGAGCAGCUUGCAGGCACACCUGGCAAAGACUAUGCAGGAGAUCUUCCAGACGGAGAUGCUGAUUGAAUCUCUAAAGAAAGCCAUCAGAGACAAAGAGAACCCACUGAAAGUGGCUCAAACCAGGCUGGAGGAGCGAACUCGCAGGCCUAACAUAGAGCUCUGCAGAGACAACCCAUACCACAGACUUGUGACGGAGGUGAGGGAGAUUGAGGAUACUAUCCAAAAGCUCCAUGAGAGGCUGAUGGAGGCGGAGAACACUCUGCAGGCUCUGGUGAAGACCAAAGUCAAGCUGGAAAAUGACCUGUCCAUAAAAGCUAACUCUCUGUUCUUGGACCAGGAGAAGUGCAUGAGCAUGCGGAAGACCUUCCCCAGCAUGCCCCGCCUUGUGGGCUACACCUGAGCCAGGCUUUUAUUUUGAAAAAAGAAAUGAAGCUCAUCAGGAGUUAGGAUAGUUAGGAUUAAAAUGAAUGCAAGUUUUUAUUUUUAUGUAUUUUGCAGCAUGUUUCUCUGAGUUUAAAAGAUUCAAAAGGAAGCAAGAGUUACAUUAGAUUUCUUGUAUAUUCAUAAAAAAAUCACAUCACCUAGCAUAUUUCAUAUUAUAAAUAUUUAGCAUAUUUCUGAGUAUUUCUUUAUUCAAAUCAUUGUGAAUCAGGAGGAGACAAAAAACUGCCUUUGAAAAACAUUGUAACUGCGUGGCUACAACCGGUGAUCCACAAGCUCCCGGCUUUGCUUCAUUCUAAUGCAUCCACUUGCAGACAGAUAGAUACAUAUCUGCCUUUGUUUUCCUCGUCUGUGCUGGUAUCU